AUGAUCGUGUCCAACGUGAGCCUGAGCGGCUGCGCGGGGGCAAACAGCGCGGUGUGUGCCGCGGUCGGGGAAGGGCACCCGGGGGGAGGCUCGUACCGGUCCACCCUGAGUCCGACAGGGAACCUGGUGGUGGCUGUGUGCCUGGGCUUCAUCGGCACUUUCGGAUUGCUGAACAAUCUGCUGGUGCUCAUUCUCUUCUGCCGCUACAAGCUGCUGCGGUCUCCCAUCAACCUGCUCCUGAUUAACAUUUCCAUCAGCGACCUGCUGGUGUGCGUGCUGGGGACACCGUUCAGCUUCGCCGCCAGCACACAGGGAAGGUGGCUCAUAGGGGAAGGAGGAUGCAUGUGGUACGGCUUCGCAAACUCCCUGUUUGGCAUUGUGUCCCUGAUCUCCCUGGCGGUCCUCUCCUAUGAACGCUACAGCACCAUGGUGGCGCCCACUGAGGCGGAUUCCUCCAACUACCGGAAGAUCUCCCAGGGCAUCGUCCUGUCCUGGGUCUACUCCCUUGUCUGGACUCUGCCGCCACUCUUUGGCUGGAGCAAAUAUGGCCCAGAGGGUCCUGGGACCACCUGCUCUGUGGACUGGACAGCCAAGACGGCGAAUAGCAUAUCUUACAUCAUCUGCCUGUUUCUGUUCUGCCUCAUCGGACCGUUCCUGGUGAUGGUGUUCUGCUAUGGGAAGCUGCUGUGCGCCAUCAGACAGUUUGACAGGCAAGUGAGCGGGAUCAACGCAUCGGUGAGAAGGAGGCGUGAGCAGCGCGUGCUGUUCAUGGUGGUUGUCAUGGUGAUCUGCUACCUUUUGUGCUGGCUGCCGUAUGGCAUCAUGGCCCUGCUGGCUACCUUUGGGUCUCCGGGCCUGGUCACGCCUGUGGCAAGCAUCAUCCCUUCUAUCCUUGCCAAGACGAGCACCGUCAUCAACCCGGUCAUCUAUGUCUUCAUGAAUAAACAGUUCUACAGAUGUUUCAAAGCCCUGCUGUAAUGUGAGGUUCCUCCACGAGGCUCCAGCAUAAAGAGCUCCUCCAAGGUCGCCACCAAGGCCAUGAGGGGGUUCGCAAUCACUGGUACCCGCCGCACCAAUGACUUCUUGUUUAUGGUGGCUUCCCUGGGCCAUCCGGCGGGCACCGUGCCCCAACUGGAAACGUUCGUGGAGCCAACCCUUGACAUCACCAAAGCCCCUUCUUCAGAGGUCAACAGACCUGUCGAAGUGUCGAUUGCCGAUGAUUGGCUAUAACCACGAAAUCCCAACGUUUCUGGGCAGGAAGAUGUUAAUCAUGAGAGAGGUGGGGAUACUGAUGUAUGGAGAGUCGUAGCCUACCACAUCAGGUAGAUUUAUCGCAGCUGUUGCAUCAGCUUUACGACGGCUUACAGAUGGAAUGGACCGGUCACAGAGGCAAAACUUGGACUGCCUUUGGUCGAUAUAUAAAACCUGCAGGAGCUUAGAUUUCUCUGCAAAUAAAAAGGGAACAUGGUUGUUUUCUAGGCAUUUUAAGGAUUUCUUAUCACCCUGUUUGCAUAAAGCACAGUUAGACUGUUAUUGUAGGAGGAAGAGGAAUCGUAGGGAUCAUUUUUUGUGUAGUAUCUAUCUACGUUUGGUAAAGUAAUUACUUUGAGGGGAAUGUGCUGAAGGGAUAAGAUGUAUUUUUGUAUUUAUUGGUUAUUCACUGUAGCAGUGGUUACAAAGUGAGGUAGAAAGAUCACAUGUUGUUUGUCAUCUUCAGCAUUUCAAAGUAUUUCCUAAUGUCAACAACAUUAUGAAAUAUUGAGUAAUGAGAAUGUACUUGAAUUGUCUUUUCGCUUUUUAUUCAUUGCCAGUAAUUUUCCUUAAUUCAUCAAGUUUCACUUUAAAUUGCAUAAAUAGUCUUUUGAUCAAAUGGUUCAUUGGAAGUAGCAUUGCUAGCAUGAUAAGGGCAUUAACUUUUACCAGGGAUAUUGUCCUAGGGUUAGUGAAAUAGGUGCAUGUUGGAGAGCUACUCCUUCAAUAAUGACGUGCAUGUGCACUGCUGCAGGAUGCAAUUGAGGUUGGAGUAAUACAGUGUGACGUAAAGUUCAGUGGUGAGCACUUAAACGGAUAUUUGCUGUCGAGAGACAUUCUAAAGAUGCUUUUCAGAACUGAUGUCCAAGUUUUUAGGGCUGGAUAUCUUUUUUGUUACCCCAACUGUUUAACAAUGAUUUGCGGUUCAGUAUCUUGCUCAUGGGCACAUAGUCAGACACAUAGUCAGCCUUUGAAAAAGGUAUAAAAGACAAUCCUAAACAAUGGAAAAUAUGUUCUAGUGUUGCAAAAGAAAACACUUUAUUUGAGUCAACAAAUUUGUUUUAGAAAGAAUAAUUUAGUUCUGUAUUUAGUGUGAGCCUUCUGAUGUCUGCAUCUUGUUACAUUUUUUAAAAACGGAUUUGACACUUUUCCCUUUUUGCAAAACCAAGAUAGUUGGAGUUUUUUAAAGCUGUCUUGUUAGUGAAUGUCUAAGCUAUUAGUGGUGUGGUACUUUUUCGCUACUGCAUAGAAUUAGCGUGUGCGAUUUUUUGGCAAUCCACUUUGAGCACACUGUUUUUUAUGUGCUCUCAAGACCUUGUAUACAUUGUUGUACAUGACUCGAUACCAAAGCUAUACA